GUUUUUUAUUUUACAACGUACUGAGAUAAAUUGUCUCUUUCGAUCUGCUGAAUAAUAACUCCAUCAAUAUGAUGUCAAAAUUGUGUUUCGUUCUACUUAGUAUGUUCGUCAGUAACAUAGCUGGGCAUGGCAUGAUGUUAGAUCCACCAAACAGGAGUUCCUUAUGGAGAUUCAAUUCUUCAGCACCCAGCAAUUUCAAUGACAAUCAAAAUUGGUGUGGAGGAAAUUGGGUACAAAACGGCAUCAAUGGAGGUAAGUGUGGCGUUUGCGGAGAUUCCUACACUGACCCUCAUCCUCAGGAUAAUGAGAACACAGGAAAAUAUGGAGUCGGCAUCAUUGCAGGAACCUAUGAAGCUGGUAGUGUCGUCGAAGUACUAAUCCACCUCACUGCUAAUCAUCUAGGAGAAUUUACUUACAGUUUAUGUGAAUUGGAAGAUCCUAACGCCCCCGAGUCCGGUGAAGAGUGUUUUCAACCAUUGAAGUUCGAGGAUGGUUCUGAAAGGUUCAUCGUUGAGGCUGAUGAUGAAAUUGUCAGGAAUAGAAUUCAACUGCCCAAUUCUACAUGCGAAAGAUGUGUACUCAGAUGGACAUACAAAUGUGGUAACAGCUGGGGAGUGUGUGAUGAUCAAGUAUGGCGUCCAGGAUGUGGACCUCAAGAGCAUUUCCGGUCCUGUUCUGAUAUUGUUAUUGCUUAGAAUCACUUGUAACCCAGUUCCAUUAAAACAACGUUCGAUUUUUUAGUGACUUGAUAAUUCAACUUCGAUA